CACGAAGCCGAACGCGAAGACUCCGAAGGCCCCGAAGACCCCGAAGCAGCCGUUUCUGGUGACCAAGAGAAUAUCCCUCCUGCUACUAAAGCCUUUGUAGAGCAUCCCCUCUCCGUCGCUACACGCUAUGAGAUGUAUAUCUCGUACGGUAACACGGAUUACAGGCUAUUCGCUAAAUCCGAAGCCGACGAUCCUAACAAGUACUUUUUGAGUGAUAUGGCAGCGUUAGAGCUUCCCCUUGGCCAAUUGUUGUCUAGCCUGCGGGAUGUCAUUUCAGACGAGCUGUCUCCUCUGGAUGAAUUGGUCAUGCACGUAGAUGGCCUAGGACUGGAGUUCUCUGAGUCCUCUACAGCUGAUAUACUUGAAAAGUUCACGUUUGGUGACAUUCUUGAUCUUUAUGAUAGAUUGGUAAAAAAUGACGGGACAGAACCAUCGCCGGACCUCUACACGUAUCUUAUGGUAAGGCCUAGCUGUAGGCAGCGCUUUAUAGCGCUUCGAGAUAGCGCAGAUUCUGGUCGUGGCCUUUCAGAAAUUGCCAUUUAUCGAGAAGAGACGCCGAUCGAGGGCGAUUUAGCUGGCGAUUUCGACAGCCACUCUCCGUACGCCCUGCCCCCUAGCGAAGAUGAUGAGGAGGCCUAUGAGUAUGAAGAAAGCGGCCCCGCGGAAGAUGAAGCCGAUCAAGGCGAAGCAGACGAAGCAGGCGAGGUCGAGAAUAACAACGAGCCUAACUCACCCUCAGUGCAUGGCUCCGCCAUAGGUACACACACCGAAGAUUUAGCAGGCGAAGCCGACGCGGCCAACGCAACCGACGCGGCUGCCGAGGCCGAUGAAGCCAACGAAACUGGAGAGAACGCCGAUAAUAAUGCAGACGCAAGUGCCGAUGCGACCACAGCGGACGGCUUGAUCGAUUUCUCCGAUGACGAACUGGACCUUUCACCAACGAAGCAGGAUCAACAAGAGAACGGCUCCCCGCACGAUCCUACAAAUAAGGGUCUGAACGAGCAUGAUGCCCUCGCCGCUGCCGAACCCAGCGAUCCUGAUCAGCAUCCAUCACCAACAAACGGAAGAGCCGACGCCCCCAGCUCCGAUAUUACUAGUGCUACGGCCACGCUGAACGGCGAUGAUAAAGACGAAAUCGACUAUUCGGAUGAUGACGGAGAGGACAUUGUUGGUGGCAAAGAUGUCACGUCCAACGAUGGUAUUAGCGUGUCGGGAACCCUUAAGGUGCCUAUCAAUGACGAGAUCACGUGGGAGUCAGAGAAUGAGGAUGCUCGGGACGAACCUGUCACAGCUUCCAAGCCAACGAUGUCAAGCGUCGUCGUCCGUCAUGAUUUCUCCGAACUUUCCAACCCGAUUUUUUCUUUCUCUCUGUUUUCCCCCUCCGACAUGCAAUACAUUCGAACGCAUCACUAACGAGCUGAUGUCGAGCUUGCAUAUUUGCAGUCAACCCACAGAUGCGCGAUUCUGUUCCCGACGGGACGUAUUUUGAUGUCAGCAUACUAACAUACAGGUACGAAGAGUGCUAAAAACGGUUUGGCAUUCUUAAUGGUAAGUUUACUCUAAUAACAAAAGACGAAUAGCUCGUAAGGAUACGCGAAACGGCUUCGUCACGAAACGAGACGGUGACGAGGGUUCCUCUACUUCGAUUUUUUGUUUUGCCCCUUUUCUUUU